GAGAGGGAGCAGAGCGCGCUCUCGAGAGGGGAAAACCUCGAGACACAGGGCCAAAAAACAGAGAAAUAAAACAGAAACAAAACAGAUAUUGUGCGAAUUAAAAAUGAUUAAUCAAUGAAGUAUAAUCGUACCGUCACAAACAAUACCUAGGUUUUACUUGAAAAAAUAAAUCUAUCCGAACUUUUGAUGUCUCGCUAGCUUACUAGCUAGCUAGCUAGCUAUCCACCUUUCAAGCUAACUCAAAGCCGAGUUGAGAUACCUAGACUAGCUGCCUAGCUAGCUGAAUUGGCUGGUGAAAAUUAAGAGUAGGUGGGAGUGAAGGAGAGACGUACAGAGAGUGUUUUGUGUAGUGUCUCGGCAGUAGUUAGUGUCGCAAACUCGCACGAUCCUAAAGAAGUUCGCUUCUCUAUUUUUGGAUUCAAAAAGUUAGCUUCCGCUUUGCCACGGGCCUGUGGUGUCGAGAGACGCUAGCGAGCUAGUUACUCCGUGUGUGUGACCAUCGGCGAGUGGUUGGGCUGUCACAGAGCAGGAAAGUCAACCCAAAACGCAAGGAAGAUGUCGGCACAAGCGCAAAUGCGGGCGAUGCUGGACCAGCUAAUGGGUACCGGGAGAGAUGGCGACAGCAUGCGGCAGAGGAUUAAGUUCACAGACGAGAGGGUGUGUAAGAGCCACCUGCUGGACUCCUGUCCUCAUGACAUACUGUCAGGCACGCGUAUGGACCUGGGGGAGUGUGUGAAGGUCCACGACCUGGCGCUCAGGGCUGACUAUGAGAUUGCGUCCAAAAAGCACGAGUACUUCUUUGAACUUGAUGCCACAGAGCACCUGCAGUCCUUCAUUGCAGACUGUGACCGCAGGACGGAGCUGGCUAAGAAGCGACUGGCUGAGACGCAGGAGGAGAUCAGCGCGGAGGUCGCCGCUAAGGCAGAGCGAGUGCACGAGCUAAACGAGGAGAUCGGGAAGCUGCUGGCGAGGGCGGAGCAGCUGGGAGGUGAGGGCAAUGUGGACGAGGCGCAGCAGGUGCUGGAGAAGGUGGAGAAGACCCGUGCUCUGAAGAGAGAGGCGGAGGAUAUUUACAGGAACUCAAUGCCGGCUUCCAGUUUUCAGCAGCAGAAGCUCAGAGUGUGCGAGGUGUGCUCUGCUUACCUGGGUCUUCAUGACAAUGACCGUCGCCUGGCCGACCAUUUUGGAGGAAAGCUACACCUCGGCUUCAUCGAGAUCCGUGAGAAGCUGGAGAAACUAAGGAAAAAGGUUGCUGAAAAGCAAGAGCUCAUGCGAAUGAGAAGACGAGAAGAACGGGACAGGGAAGAAGAGAGAGAGAGGGAGUGGGAACGAGAGCGAGAGCGUGAGAGGGAGCGGGAGAGGGAGAGGGAGAGAGAGCGAGAGAGGGAGAGAGAGCGAGAGAGGGACAGACGAAGGACAAGAUCAAGAAGUGGAGAGCGUUACAGGGAUGGAGGGAGCUCCUCCCAUCAUUCCAGACGACACCGCUCGUCUCGCUCUCGGGAAGAAGGCGGAGAGAGGGAAAGGGAGAGGGACAGGGAAAGGAGGCACAGGCACAAGGACAGACAUCGCUCUCGCUCCCACUCCCACAGGAGCAAGAAGAAGAGGUCUUCUAGGGACAGGUCCUCACAUCCCAGAGAGAGGGAGCGAUCGGCAUCACUAGAGAGAGGGAUGGAUUCGAGGGGAGGAGACCGCGAGGGAUGGAUGAUGGAGCGAGAGAGGUCCACCUCAGUGGAGAUGCACAGAAGAAGAGAUGCUGGGGAGGAGAGAGAAAGAUCGCUGUCGAUUGAACGGGAAAGACGGUCUAGUUCUGAAGAGAGAGAAUCAGGGGAGCUUUAGGAAUACUGAGUGGGUAGGUGCGGGCUGGGGGGGGGGGUGGGGUGAGUGUACAUACAGUAAAUACAUAGGUAGGGAUGGGGAUAGAUUAGAUGGGAAACGAGGAGAUGGGUAAGAAGAGACAAGGAGGGAUGAAGAGUGGGAUUGGAAGAUUGGAAGGAUGGAAAUUCAAAAGAGUGAGAUGAACGUGAGUUCAUCAGGGUACAGAUGAAAUUACCUCAGCACUGAUGUUGUGCUAUCCACAAGAGUUCAAAGGGUGAAUCGGAGCGCAAGCAGUGAAGGAAUGGUGUAAGAAAGAAGGGGAGGGAAAUUGUACCCAAAGGCUGUUUAUUUUAUUUUAGCAUGGCUGUUGGGUUUUUUUAUUACGAACUUUGUUGUAAUGAAUACUCUGAUCUCUUUUGGAUUCUCAGACAUAAAUUUCAGAAGGUUUAAAUAAAGUACACAUAUGCCGCAAAAGCAACAAAA